AUGACCACCCCCUUCGGCCACCCCAUGAGGGAGCACUUCCUCUUCGACGCCAACUUCAAGAAUCUCAACCAUGGCUCCUUCGGCACCUACCCGCGCGCCGUGCAAACCGCACUGCAGCAGCACCAACAAGCCAGCGAAUCCCGCCCAGACCACUUCUACCGGAUCGCCCGACCCCAAGGCAUAGACGAGUCACGGCGCCUGGUCGCCAAGCUGCUCAACAUCCCAGUAAACGAAUGCGUGUUCGUCAAGAACGCCACCACAGGCGUGGGCACCGUGCUGCGCAACCUGGCCUUCCAGGCCGGCGACGCCGUCGUCUACUUCGACACCAUCUACGGGGCCGUGGAGAAGGGGCUGCACUCGCUGAUGGAGGCGAGUCCCGUGGUCGCCCGCAAGGUCGAGUACCAGUUGCCGGUCAGCCAUGAGGAGCUGGUCAGACGGUUCCGGGCUGUGGUGCGUCGCGCGCGGGACGAUGGGCUGAACGUCCGCGUUGCGGUGUUCGAUACUAUCGUUAGUAUGCCCGGGGUGCGGUUCCCAUUUGAGACGCUGGUGAGCGUGUGUCGUGAAGAGGGGAUCCUGAGUCUGGUGGAUGGGGCGCAUGGUAUUGGGCAUAUACCAUUGGAUUUGGGGGUGUUGCGGCCGGAUUUCUUUACGAGUAAUUUGCAUAAAUGGCUGUUCGUCCCCCGCGGUUGCGCCGUCCUGCACGUCCCCCUCCGCAACCAACACCUAAUCCGCACCACCUUCCCGACGUCCUGGGGUUACAUCCCGCCAAACCAGGUCACCACCACCACCACAACGCAGGGGAAAUCCGCCUUCGAGUAUCUCUUUGAACAGACCGCCACGACAGACGACACGCCAUGGCUGUGCGUGCCCGCCGCGCUGCAGUUCCGGGCCGAGGUAUGCGGCGGCGAAGACCGCAUCUACGCCUACCUGGAGAGCCUGGGGCGCUCAGCAGCGGAUAUCGUCGCGCACGCACUGGGGACAGAGGUGAUGCAGGAGCCCGGGCUGCAGACAGGCGAGGUCAGCCAGCUACGGAGGUGUGGGUUGGCUACGGUGCGAUUACCGAUUGCCGUGGCUGAUGGCGAUGGUGCCAAUGCGAAUGCGAGGGUGUCCGGCGAGGAUGGCACGUCGUCGUAUCUGCGGAUUCACUCGGCGCUGGUGCCGACGGUGAGUACCUGGUUCCGGGAUACGCUGUUCGAGCAGUAUGGCACGUUUGUGCCGGUGUUUCGGCACGGGGGGUGGUUGUGGACUCGACUGAGUGCGCAGGUGUAUCUGGAGAAGAGCGAUUUCGAGUGGUUGGGGGGUGUGUUGAGGGAGUGUUGUGGGAGGGUGGAGAGGGAGGUUGUUGGGCUGGCGAAGCUUUGA